AUGCUCAUACCUAUACAAAAACCAAGGAAAACAUAUUUCAAAGAUCUCGAGCAAGAGGGGGAAAAUGGUUUUGUCGAGAAUGUUGAUGUAAUUGAAGAUGUCUCGGAAAAUUCAAUUAUUGAAAAUCAACAAGAAACAACCGAAGAAGAAAAUGAGUCUAAUGCUGAGGCGCUCCCUUCCCCAAAUAAUCAAUGUGACGAAAUGCACUUGAGGCGGAGCGAUAGGGAGCGCAAGAGACCGAAUGUUCCGGAAUGUUAUGGAGAUAUUUUUGGAAGAGAAGAUAAAGAUUUGUGGAUCAAAGCAGUUGAAGAUGAACUCACAUCAAAGGAGAAGAACAAAGUAUGGAAGAUUGUCGAAAAGCCCGGUUUAAAAAAAAUUAUGGAGUCAAGAUGGAUUUUUUCUAUAAAAUAUGAUGAAAAUGGUGUUGCAAAGAAGCAUAAGGGAAGACUAGUUAUAAAAGGAUAUUUACAGAACCAUGUCUUCGACUAUUUUGAAACUUAUGCACCAGUUGCGAAACUCACUACAAUUCGAGUUUUGUUAGCUGUUGGUAUUCGUCUUGGAUAUUUUUUUCAACAGCUGGAUGUGAAAACAGCCUUUUUGCAUGGAGAUCUAAAAGAAGAGAUCUACAUGACCAUACCUGAUGGUGUUACAAAUGAAGAAAACAAAGUGUGCAAGUUAAUCAAAUCACUCUACGGUUUAAAACAAGCUCCUAGAUGUUGGAAUGAAAAGUUGAAUAGUUAUCUUUUGCAAAUUGGAUUUGUUGAUGGACAUACAAAUAAGGAAGAAACUUACGAAAAUUUCCUGAAACGCUGUGUUAGAACAGCAAUCGCGAUGAAAAAUAGGGGAAUUAAACCUGGAGAUUUUGUGUCCAUGUGUACAGUGAACGAUAUGGAUGCUGGCGUAGUAUAUAUUGCUGCGAUAUUUAUUGGUGCGAUAACGGCUAACGUUGACCCAUCCAUGUCAGCGGAAGAAAUCGUUUUUUUCUUAAGGCAAGUUUUGCCAAAGAUGGUUUUCGCCAGACAGCAAAGCGAAGGCUUAAUGGAAGAAGUUGUGCGCGAGCUUGGUGGGCAGUUACCACUGGUGGUGUUUGGUGGAACGAAGAAGCACAUCCCAUUUACGGAGUUUUUACAACGGUACGACAAUGAGAACGUUUUCAGGGUGUACGAAGCUAACAGUUUGGAGGAAACUGUUUUCGUUUCGUUUAGCAGCGGUACAACAAGCAGGCCUAAAGGUAUUUGUCACACCCAUUCCUCCAUGAGAGUUAGAUACCAUAACAAUGGGGAAUCCAAAACGUAUGCCGUGUUCAAUCCGCCAUGGCGAUCUCUAUUCAACAGAUGGAUGCACGAAACCAUACUCAACGGCUUUAAGAGAAUCGUAUUUUAUAGAUUCAAUAUCGGAGAGCUUUGGAAAAUUUCAAAUUAUAAAGUAGACUUCAUGUUAAUUUCGCCGGUAUCUAGUGAGGAGUUUUUUAAGUACCAGAAACCUCAGCAUUUCGACUUGGAAAAUUUAAAACGGUUGUUGAUUGGCGGAAACUAUACAUCCAAAGAUUAUUUACUAAAGCUCCAGAAAAUGUUUUCUAAAACGAUUGUUUGUCCGAGCUACGGCCAAAGUGAAAUAUUUAGUACUGUUGCAGCAUUUCCGGAAGACCAACGGAGCGACAAGCUUCGUCGAGAGUUUCCGACGUCAAUUGGCCUCGCUAAAGAUGGAAUUUCUUAUAAAGUGGUGGAUACGGAAACGGAAGAAAUAUUAGGGCCAAAUCAUCACGGUGAACUCAGAUUGAAAACUAAAUACCUAAUGAAGGGCUACCUAAAUUACGAAUCACCGGACCUCUUUGAUUCUGACGGUUGGUACAGAACUGGCGAUUUAGCUUACUACAACGAGCAGAGAUGUUUCUUUAUUAUCGGUAGGGUAAAAGAUACAUUUAAAUUCGGCAACCUUCACAUUUACCCCAGAGAAAUAGAGGAAGUUCUUUUAAGCCAUCGUUCCAUUCAAAACGCGGCAGUUCUUGGUUUGAAAGAUGAAAUAUUCGGAUACCUUCCCACAGCCGUGGUUCAGUUGAACGAUAAGGAGCAUAGUGUAAAACCUGAAGAAAUUAUCAACUACGUAAACACGAGGGUUGAGGAUAAAAAUCGUUUAAGAGGUGGCGUGAAAUUCGUCAAAGAAUUUCCAUGGACACAUACACUAAAGAUACAAAAAUCUAAACUGAGGGAAUGGAUUGAAAGCGGUGUCAUUUAG